GGGCCCAGGUCUUUACUACAAGCACAAGGUUAGAGAUACCGUGGCAGCUGAGAAAUGUCAUCAAAGUUUUAGCAACGAUAAAGAGAUGGACGAGAUAAUGAACAAGAUCGUGUCGCUUCUGAAUCAACUGAUAUUCGAGGAGGUGCAGAAAAAGACGUGCAUUUCCCUGCCGCCGGAUUUGAUGGAGUUUUUGGACUGGAUGUUGGAAUUGAAUUCGCAAACGACAUCGUUGCAACAAGUAACGGGAUAUGAUCGUUGUUCGAUCGUGAUCGGGCAUGAUUCGACUCACGACUGCACGUUUCGAUUCCAGCUACCACCGACGUUACCGUUUAUAAAAGGAAAUUCGGAGGAACAUUUUCCACGGGACAAAUACCUGUUCCAGAGUUUUCCGAGUCAACGUAUAGAGACAGAGAUCACCGAAUUAUACAUUAAGAUCACGGUGAUACGUAAUCUCAUAAAGGAGUACGGUACUUUGUCGGAAAAGGAGCAGGAGAAAGUCGAGGCGAUUCACGAAUAUCUGGAGAAACAGCUAGAUUUGUUGCUCGAGUACAUCGAAAUGAAGGAGGAGGUCGAGAGGAAGGAGAAGCCGAGCGAAGAUGAAAUGGUCAACAUAAGCGAGAGCAAUUUCACCGUGCCGGAUGGUCUUUUGCACAUAAAUUUGCCCAACAUAUUGAAACUGAACAGCGCGGACUUCUUCGCUAAUCAGGAUCUUCUUCGAGACAGUAAAGUUUUCACUUUCAGCGAGACUCGUCCAAAACUUGAAUUAUAAAUACAAAAGAUUAUUACGAGUUGAUCGAAUCUGCACGUAUUAGAUUUCUUCGCCCCGCGUACGUUUCAGACGACAUUGGAGUUUCUUACAAAGGGAAAAGGAUAAUCAGAAGCGCGAACAAGCAUCCAAAGCAUGAUAAUAAC